UACAACAAUCGGACAAUUAUUUAGGGAUUGGUCACACUGUGUGGUUCCCCGUAUUCAAUCACAAUUAAAAACAAUUGAAAGUGAAUCAAUUCAUCAUUGACUUUUUUUCUACAGAAAAACUCACGAGUAUAAUUUCUAUUAUCGGUUUUGCGAACAGUAUUCGCUUUGUUAUUUCUUAUGACUAUAUAAUUACAUUAAACGAGGUUUUGUCAUCAUCGUUUAUUUCGUAAUAGCGAACAUUCACAUAGUGUAUCAAGAUGUCAAUAACAAUUAAGGGCUGGAAGGAUACACUAUUCAGUAAUGUAGUCUAUAAACACUUAAGAUACCUGGGAUAUUUCAUCGUGUCUCAUUACAUGACAGUAUUAUUAAACAUGCAUUUAAUCGAAUAUGAAUACAACGAGUCAUGGCUUGUACCUGGUCCAAUAGUUGAAUAUUUCAGUAAUAUUAAUACAAUAACAGUACUAACUGGAGAUAAGGUACAAGUUAAUGUUCCAGAAAUAGUUAUUCCACAGUUCACAGUGCCUAAAGAAGAGAAUAACGCUGAGAUCCCACCAGGAAACUUUGGCCGUUUAACAGCUGAAAAUCAUAAUGUUUAUGAAUGUUAUGUUUCCCCUUAUACAACAAGGCAAUUAGUUCAACAAACAGGAAACCAAUACUUUGGAUCUUGGAACCCAUUACCUGUUGGCGCAUAUCCAGGUGGUACCAUCCCCAACAAAAAUUUAUUGGGUUAUGCAGAACCAGAAAAACUUCAUCCAGAGAUGGUAUCAAUACUAAAGCAAUAUGAAUUUCCUAAUACUAACGAUAUGCAAGGAAGACUUCAAAUUAGUGCUGCAAUUGAUGAAUGACAUAAGUCAUGCUCUAAAGAUACUUGGAAACCGCUACCACAUAGUACCCUUUUAUAUUACAAAAGAAAAGAGUACACAGAAGACAGAGAACCUUUUAGGUGUUACGAAGGUGUCAACUAUUCUAUAUGGCAUAUAUACUCACAAUACUCAAAUUUCAAAAAUUGUAGGAGACAUAUUUAGUCCAUAUGCAUUAAAAUCUAUGUCAGUGAAAAUGAGUAUGUUGUAUGGUUUCAAGCAUUUGCAGACAUCUGUGAUACCUGAGUUCUGUUAUACUAAACCUAAUGGUGAAGCACCAGAUGGUUGGGAACAUUCUAUUAAUCACAAUUUUAAUAUGAAGGAACCAUUUCAAACAACCAUGUACCCAGACUAUUCACACUUGCGAGAUGAGUACCAGAUUGCAAGUUUCCCAAAGAGUUAUAAAACAGAUUCUAUAAAUGAUUGGAUAAAAAGUUAUGGAUAAUUAAUAUAAUUAAUAUAUUAAAAUAAUCACAAUAGUAUUACUCUCAGUGAAAUUAUGUUUUAUUUUAUAAACUAAACAAAGGAUGUAUGAACAAAAUGGUUUGAAUAAUUAUUUUUUUAUUUGAAAACUUAACUUUUAUAUUAUCUUAUUCUUGUCUUAUCAUUAAGGGUGCUUUAUUAUCAUUUUAUUGUCAAUUAUGCUUUUAUUAUAAAAAUAUAUUAUUGGAGUUAGCUGGCAGACACGCACACCAAGACUGCCUGACCCGUGAUUACGACACGACAAGCGAAUGUCAAAUAGUAUUUUUGAGGUUGAUAAAGGUUUCUCCGUAAAUUUCUAAAAAUAUUGUAUUUUAUUUUUUUGUAUUACAAAUUUAAAUUUCGAACGAAAUAAAGAAUACAAAAUAGUGUCUUAUGUCGUAAUCUGAAUCCUGUUUUAGUAAUCUUGAAAAUGUAAUCGAAAUUCGAAAUUAAAUUGAAAUUGAAAUUCAUCAUAAUAUAUCAAAAUCAAAAUCAUUACAAUUAUGAAUAUUAAUUAUCUUAUAUCGUAUUUUUGUAGUUAUUUUUAACAACGUAUGGAGACGUCGUAUGCUGACGUCGAGAUGAAUUCAACGGUGUAUUAUACUAUGACCUGAAUUACCUCAAACUCGAAAAUUGUGUGCAAACGUAAUGUUAGUGAAAAAGUAUUUCUUAUAAAGUAAAUCAGGUUGCAUCAGAUGUUCGAACUACAAUCCUGUAUACCAGAGUUUUCUAAACUUCUAUAAAUUCUACAAAUUAAAUAAAUUGUUACUAAUGAUUAUUAGAUAAGAGUUUCGCCCACUUCUGCGCAAAUUUGCCAAUACAUGUUUGAAAAUAAACUAGGGGAAUGUAGUUUUUUCCGGCACGAAAGAUCCGACGGUGUUUUUCGUUAAUAAUUGAACGAUCAAACGAACUGGUGAAGUUCGAUCGCAAUUAUAUGUAGUGCCUCGUUCGAAUAUAUUACAACAUGUAGUUCCCCCCUCUCCCCGACAUUGGUCACAGCGAUUUUAUAGAAAAAACAAAAGAUGGCAUGUGCCGUGCCCACGAAGCACACGCCAACCAUCGACGCUCAUUCGUUCAGGGCUAUCAAAAAAUUGUUGUUAAUAGGGGUUGGGAAAGAAAAUCAAACCAAAAUAGGGUGGGUUACUACAUAUAAUUGCGAUCGAACUUCACCAGUUCGUUUGAUCGUUCAAUUAUAUUUCGGCCUCGUUCUUAAUAUUACAACAUGUAGAUGUUUAGAGCAAACAAUUUUUUGAUACAACACUUGUA